ACCAACCCACCUCUCGUCCCGUGAGCUGGGACCUUCACCCCAGUUUGUUUUUUUGGGGGAUAAUAUCCGGAUAGUUUCUCUCCAGCAUGCUGAGCAGGAAGGGGUCUUGUGCCGGGAUGAUGAGCGCCGCAGCCGGCGUGGACCGCAGCAGGGUCGGGGAGAGGAUGCAGGCGGCGCUGGCCGGGCUGCAGGAGCUGCAUCUGCUGAAGGACAGACAGGGCGACAUGGUGAGCUGGGCGCUGAGGAUGGACCGAGAGGAGCCGGUCAGCUCCACGCACGCAGGCCCGGAGGCAGCCAGGGCGGUGAUGGGGGCCGAGGAGCAGCGGCUGGAGGCGACCCUGACAGCCCUGAAGCAACAGCUGUCUCGUCUUCGGAAACAGGAUGUGGGCCUGAAGUCGCACUUGCAGCAGCUGGACCAACAGAUCAGCGAGCUGAAGCUGGAUGUAAACAAGGCCUCCACCGAGCAGCUGGAGAGUGACAGCAGGCCAAGUUCAGGGUUUUAUGAGCUCAGCGAUGGCGGCUCCUGCUCCCUGUCCAACUCCUGCACCUCUGUUUACAGUGAAUGUCUGUCAUCGUCCCAGACAAGCCUUUUCCUCCUUCCACUAAGCCCUGCUAACUCCUACGUCAGCCCUCCAUCUCAAGUCGAUGUCUGCCGCCGACGUUCUGCCGAUGAGAGCACGGCUCAGCCCCACCCUCCACGGGCCACGGGCCUCCAUCUGGGCAGCAGCAGGAUCCGAGCAAGCACUACAGGCCCUGAACAGUCACGGCCAAGACCUGUUUCAACAGGUGAUCUUGAUAGGAUGAUGGCUCAAGGUCCAAGCUACUUCAAAUCUGGGGAUGCAAAGAAACCCUCCAUGUGCCCAAACCUGAAGACCUCUGCACUGGACGCCAAGUUUCAUAGCAACCUGGUUUCCCGAAGUGGUACUGAAGUGUACCACUACCCUAGCCCCCUGCAUGCUGUGGCUCUGCAGAGUCCAAUAUUUUCCAAUGGAGGCAACCUAGCCACAGCUGGUCUUCUAGAGGGCCUGGGACCCUCUGUGAAUGGAUCUGAUGCCCUUCAGAGGGCACAGGUGGGCUAUGACACCAAAACCCUGGGUUACAUUGACAAGCUCCUUCAGCGCAGCUUGAGCAAAAUCCAGAGUGAAACGGGCACAGAGACUCUACAGAUGCACAGUGACUACCGCAGGAAUCCCACUGAGGUGGCAACUGUUUUCCAUGAAGUGGCUCAGAAAGAAGCGUGUAUGCUGAAGCCUUCUCCAGUUCAGACCACGAACAUCAUCCCACUAGAUACCGACCAGAGGAGACACUGCAUGACAUACUCCAGCCAGGAACCAGCUGAUAACACCAGCCACAAACAGUCAGCGAGAACUCAAGAGGUUUCAUACCGCUACUCCUAUCCUGUGGCCAUGAAGGAGUACAGCUCUGAUGAGGUAACAACCUCAACCCUCAAGAGGAAUGAUAAGCCCCAAGGAGAAUAUGCAAGCAUAGCGAGAAGCCAUUCUGAGAAGAGAUGUGGUGAUAACGUGGAGUCAAGAACACAAGAGAGGAAGGGUCAAAGACAAAGACCAGUGGUGUCCCACAGCUCCAGCACAGAGGAGAGUCAAGUCUUUGAGGUUCACGUUGGUCACUCAGCUUCCCCUGAGUUUGUCCAUGCCAAAUUCGUCCCUGCUGGAUCCCAGAGGGUCAAGGUGAGACGGGCAGACUGUAAAACCAAAGCUGUGAAGUUGAGACGAAAAAGCAGCGAUAAGUCUCGAGCAACGAAGCUGCAGCAUGGAUAUUCCUCUGGUGAAAGGACCAGAGAGGCCAGUGGUGGAACCAAGGGGGAGCAGAGAAAGGCCGGAAAGGGAAAAGUCACCCAGAAAUGUACCACCUGUCACACAGAGGAGCGCAGACAGGGCUCAGGCUCGGACUCCAGCCACUGCAGCCCGGGAGUCAUGUACACCCACAAGGUCCAGCCCAAACCUCAACCCAUCCCUGCUGUUACGAAGUCCAGCAAAAGCCGCAGACAUCAGUGUGUGGAGUAUGACCAGGCUGUAGAACAGAGGAGGAGAAGGCAGGGAUCUGCUAAAUGGCCUUCCAAUGUGGAGAUGUUCCAGGCCUCAUGUGCUCAGCGUCAGAGGUCAAAAGAGCCCCAUGGUCAUGCACCAGGGAGCAUGCAGAUGGUCCGCAGCAUGAGCGCCAAGCCAGGCCAGUGGAUCGGUCCCCCUCGUCCCUUCCAAACCUCCAUGUCCUCUAACUCCUUCCUCCAAAAUCUGAACGCCAGAUACCCUCCAUCACCUUUCCACAUGUCCAGCCUUUACCCACCCAGAUGUGAGUCAGAGUAUUCAGCUGAAUGCGCCUCCCUGUUUCACUCCACCAUUGCAGAAAGCAGCGAGGGGGACUUGAGUGACAACACCACCAACCGCUUCGGAGAUAGCGAGUCCAGCCAGAGCUCCCAGUCCUACUCGGACUCCGACAGCAGCCUGUCGCUGGACGAGGAGGACCAGGUGGACGUGGAGGGAGGCCUGGUGUGGGCCGAUGUUGCUGUGGGCCCCACCGCUGCGGCAGCUCCCAGCCUCCUACAGCAGCUCCCACGCCCUGAGCCGUCAGCCUGCCGGAUCAAAGCUUCUCGAGCCCUGAAGAAGAAGAUCCGGCGGUUUCAGCCGGCCUCCCUGAAGGUCAUGACCCUGGUAUAGUGACAUUCCCCCGGGGCUGAAAGAAAACAGUUCAGCCUCACCUGGUCUCUUAGCACAGCCCCCUUAAUCAUCACUGAGAGCAGCCAUAAAACUGGACUGCAUUUGUGCACUGAUUGCUUUGUCUAAACAAAAAAAAAGUCAGGAAUUUACGAUUAUUGAACGUGAAAAUGGUGCAUUGUAUAAAAACAUGUAUAACACAAUUAUUACACUUACACUUAAUUUGUAAAUAUUUAUGCUGUUAUAAUGAAAGUUUCUCAUGGCAUAUAACCACCGUUUCAUUUACAUUUCUGUCAUAUAAUUGUUUGUAUCGGAAAAAUAAAAGCAAUCUUUUUAAUUUUAUGCAUAUAAUUGUUUAUUUUUCUGUUGAUUUAUUUUGCUCAUUGAUUAUAACCACCACAGUUACAUUAUUAGAAUAAACUGGUAUUUAAUCUAUA